CACUACGCCGCCGACGACAUCACCACUACCACAGCUCAGAGCAUACGACAAAGCUCAGCAGCUCAUCUCAGUAUGGAGGUGGCCUCCCAGCCAUCGACCUCUUCACCCGCGACUGGCAGUCGACCAGGCGCAGACCCUCUGUAUCCUCAUGCUGACCUCCUCGUGCCAUCAGCCUCGUCAUCUCGCCCUUCGUCCUCCCCUUCCCUUGCCCACCCCUUGUGGGCCAACUCAGUCAACUCCUCGGCACUCCAUUUUGGUUCGAUUGCACCGUCCUCGCCUAGUCGAUCACCCCCUACGGCGCAUGAGCAAGCAAUUGCCAUGCAAGUGGCCUCCCUCCACCGAGCGGCAGAGGUGGCGAGGUGGGAUUGGUCCAAGGAUCAUCAAGUUGACAUCACAGCCACGCGUGCUCCAUCUGGCGCAACACAGUCUUCAUCAUCCCACACGCCCCUCGCUCGCAACCUCGACGCAACGUCUCGAUCAACAGGCGUAGGCAUGAUCGACCUUUCCGACUCGGGUAGCGAGACGCUCAGCGGUGGUGAAAGCACAACGACUUCCUCUAGUUCGGGCGGUCCAGGAGGCGAAGAAUACGACGCAGAUGCUAUUGAGCGAGCGUUUGUCGCCCAAAUGGAGGGGCGGCUUCACCCUUCUUGGCGAUCCCCGCCUCGUGCAAUCGCACGCCGAGGCACAGAGGAGCGCUCCUCGUCGUCCUCGUACUAUCCUCAACCGCAACCCUCUCGCCCUCGCAAUGCUGUUACGACUGGCAACGUUGACGUGGAUAUGGAGACGUGGAAUCGGAUGUGCUUCGAUCUGGGCUGUGCAGCCGGCGUCGUGGAUGAUGGCGAGCAACUGAACGUGGGAUCCUCCUCGGCGCAUCAUGCUCCCCCUCCGCCGUUCCUCUUUGGGUACACGCCUGGCUCGCGCUUGCUCCCUCAUCCUUGGUGGGCACGACGCUAUUCGGGUCCAGCUGGGGCUUGGUUGCGUGGCGAGCUUCUGAGGAGGGGAAGGGACACAUCGACGUCCGCCUCGGCGGGAGCAGCGGCGCCACCCACAACGAGCAACAUGACACCUGCCUCAGCCGUAGCCAACGAGUGGAGGCGCUCCAUUGCAGCCGCAAGCGACAGCGCACCAACGCAGCGCGAGCGAGAGGCAUCGACAGAUGCGGUUCCCAUGCUCUCCUUUCCCUCGCUUGACCCCAGUACCAGGGAGGGUACCGCCAGCACCGGGAUCACGGUCGAUACACCCGGGCUGAACGCUGUCGGACGGAGAAGAGUCGAGAUGGCGAGGCUCAUGAGGCAGCAGUAUGGGACGCCAUCGACCGCUACGGCCACUCCACCACCCGCGACGGUGUCAGCCGAUGCCAACACGAGUCUCGCAGUGCCGUCCCGCACGCCCGCUUCAGCGAUUAUGACCAGCCUGUCGGAUCCUUGGCGUGCGACUCCCGUGCGCUCAAGUCCGUCGAAUGUAACGUCUACCAACCAAUUGCUGGCCACCUCUUCCACCCCCUCUUCCUCUUCGCCGCCACGUAGCACGAACAGCAACGUCACCACGGGUGUCAACGGCCCCAUCGAUCGAUCUGCAACGCGCGGAGUCCUCGAGCUCUCCAACGCUGCGAGGCAACAAGCCCUCAAUGAUCCUGAUGUCGGUCGGGCAAGGCAACGCGUGCAAGAGGUACUUGCGCAGACGCAAGCUGCGGCUCAAGGAGAGGAGCAAAGGAGGGCAACUCUGACGGGUCAGGCUGCCAUUGGAUCAGGCAGGCCUGCAGGUACUACAUCAGCAGCCUCGCCCAACGAGCCCCUGCCAGAGAGCGCCUUCCAAAUUCCAGCUACGGGCGAGGCCCAGAGGAGGGAGGCGACAGAUGCCGUUGCCAGGAUGGCGGCUGCGCGGCGGGAGUCGCGGACUGCAGCUGCAACUCUGGAAUCAGGGUCAGCCAGCAAUGCAGCGUCAGAUGUGACACGACAGCGACGUACCGAGGAGCAACGUCAGCAAGAUCGUCAGCAGAGGCAGGCUCGACGUGAAGGGCAUGGAAUGAGCUACUUGCGACAUCUGAGGAGCUUGGAUGGCAUCGAUGGCCCACCUGCUGCCGCGGCAGCUGCCUCAACGUCGGCUCCUUCGGGGAGCAAUGCCUCUUCUUCCUCUCCACCGAGAUCGUAUCACAUCUUCCCCUGGUACACACCUCCUGCUCUUGACCUCGCAGACACCCAGGAAGCUAGACCCUCUUCCUCCUCUCACGUCUCGAACAUUACCACUCUGGACCCUCUCAUUCCUCUCGGCGACCCAAACGGCGACGCGGUUGGGUCAGACUGGUAUCGCGGCGUACGUGCACGCCAAGAGAGUGCUCAGGAAGCUCAUGCGGCCCGACGUGCUCUUGACGAUCCUAAUGGGGAGCUGCUGUUCGAGGCGGACAACGAGAGUGAUCCAGCAGCAGCGGGCAUCACAACAGCGCAAGCGGAGCUGCACAACGAUCCUAUCCCGCCAUGGCGUUUUCGCUCUACAAGAGCUCGCGCGAGAGCGAGGGAGAGGGAGGAUGAUGGUGCUGAAGAGGGCGAGGAGGGGAGACAGGGAGCGGCACGACGUCAGCGCAAUCGCACUGCGCUGGUCGUUGCCACGGAGGAUGUUGAGGCUGCAGGGGCGGAGGAGGAGAUGGAUGCGGAUGAGGGGUAUGUGCGCGGCUUGGACUUUGAGGAGAGGGCUACGCGCCGUCUUCGCCUUGCGUCGGGCGGGGCAAGUGGUAGGAACGACCACCAAGAUCCCUCGGCUACGACUCGAGGGACAGCUGCCGGCAUUGGAGGGGGCUGGACGCUCGUCAAUCCUGCGGCGACGGCGAUCAGCCCCAUUGCGUCGCCGCUGCAGCAGCCGCAGCCUCAAGAUCAGGAGCAGCACUCCUCUCGUCCCUCAAGUCCAAUGCGGGAAACCAGCGACGAAGGCGCUCCCGGCGUGACCAUGUGGCUUCGAGGCCCAGGUUCCAGCAGUCCUGUGCAAAUGAAUGCCGCAACUUCUACGCCGUCCACAUCGGCUGCUGCGGCUCCAGUCUCGCCUCCAACUUCGAUCCGCAGCUUGCGUCGCCCUCGCAGGCUGCGCAGCCUGGCCAGCGAGGAUAUCAGCAAUGCUUCUCUGGCUGCGUCUUCUGCUUCGCUUCCCAUGAUGACGACCAGCAGGACAUCGACAACCCCUGUGCGCAGAGCUGAACACCACGGGCGCAGCACGACUGGAUCAGGGAGUGGUACUGGUGUCGGCGAGGAGAUCAGGAGCAUGUCAAUCGAUCAGCUUCGCGAGAGGGAAGAGAGGGCUUAUCGAUCCGCGCUCGGGGAGGCCACAACCGCGACCACUCCUGCCCCAAACCCUGCGCAUUCUCCUCCAGCCUCAACCGAUCCAGCUGCGUCCUCUUCAAGUACCUCAAUCUCUUCUCCUUGGCUCACCAGAAUAUCUCAGAACAUCGAAGCGGAGCUCUCUGCGCGCCAGGCAGAGCUGCGUGCCUCUCAGCAGCGUCUUGGAGAGGAGCUAGCCCGACGCAGGCGCCACCUCGACGAGCUGAGGCAGAGGGAGGGAAGGAUCGGGAGGGUGCUAGAGAGUACUGAGUCAGCGUUGAGGGGCUCGCAGGCACGCACGACUGGUGACAGCGGGCAGAACAGUAUGGCAGCUGGCUCCUCGCUUGUGCGACGAAGGACGCUGCGAGACCCGGCACCUGCGGGAUUGAGGGCGCCAAGGGCUGUGCGGCUUUCUCAGCCGGCGUCUGAUCCACCCACGACGAGCACUUCUUCGUCUUCUGGCCACCUGCGUCGUGCCACUUCUUCCGGAACGCUUGGAGAGGACAAGGAUUCGGAGGAGAGACAGGCCGUAAGCAGCUCCAGCGCUGCGCCGUCGUCCUCGCUCCCUCGAGCGGUCGACGAUCUUGCCCUCACCUCUCGCUCGAGCAGCGGCAGCGGCAGCGCUGGCACAUCUAGCAGCUUACCAGGUCAUGCCUCCACAUACUUCUUCGCCUCGCCAUCAUCAUCCACCUCACCCAGUCUCAUCACCCCUCAUGACCAAAGCCAGCUUGACCCCCUUGCGACCCGGGUGCUACGCUCCCUCGAUACUCUAGGGCAACGAGCAGGUCACUAUCAAGAGGCCGCCCUCCAAGCGCAUAGGCAGCGUCUCCUUACUUGGGCACCACAGCAGCCCGAGCUACCCACGUCAAACGUUUCCGCCUCUUCACCUUCGGAGACGCAGGCCUAUGCCCUGCGAUUUGAGGUCAGCCGGCGCGAGCCUCAGCCUAGUGGAGCGAGGGCGGUGCUCAGGCACGAUCAGAACGGAUUGCGCUUCACCGCGCAGGAGGGGUUGGAUGUGGUAUUGAGGUUCCUGGCGGCUUUGCCUGGCACAACUUCGGUGACGAGUACUGCGACAGCCUACCCUAGGACGCGGCUCGAGGAGGAUCGAGCCUGGAGUGCAGGACGAUCACGCCUUCUUCGCAGCACUGCCGCUGGUGGUGCAGUAGACGCGCACGAGGCUCACAACGAGCGUCGGCGAGCUCUUGGCAUGGCUCCCAGAGAGCGUCGAGAAGCCUCCACCACGACAGCAGGCACGGCCUCCGCCGCCCUUAUGUCAACCACAGCCCUCAACUCUGGCGGGCCCUCCGGUCGCUCCCCCUGGCCACAAAUCCUAGCACGUCGCCCGGAUCUCACGCCGCGAGAGGUGGCUGUGCUUUCACGCUUCACCGCGACUGGCGGGACAAGCAGCGACGACUCGCAGAGUGCACCGAUCCAACAGCCGUUCACACGGACCUCAUCGCUCUCAGCGCUUAGGUCGUUGAGUAGCGAUGACAUUGAUGUGCUGAGGGGGCUCGUGUUGAGGACCACGCAGGGACCGGGUGGAUUCGCAGCUAGCGCAAGCACGGCGGCUACGAUGGGUGGUGCUAGCGAGGGUGCUGCACAUUUAGAUGAGGCAGAGCAGGAUGACGCAACGCCUUCGAUUACUCCGGCGGCGCUGCCAGGUCCCGCCCUGCCUUCGCUGUUCCCCUCUCAAGCCAUACCGCUCAGCUCGGAGGACCUGGCAGCGAUCAAUGCCAUCUCAGCGGAGCUCUCCCUGUCCUCCACCAUUGCCGAGGACGACCAUCUCUUCACUCGCCUUGCAAGCAUGCCUAGUGCCCUCGCUCUCAUCCAGCGACGAGCGGACGCUAUUCGUGCGGGGCAGCAGGGCCACAAUGCAGGGACCAGUGACCCGCUCGGUCCGCUCUUCACUCUGUCGUCUCUCUCGGUCACCGUGACGCGCAAGCCGCCUCUCAGCGAGGAGGGCAGAGCGCAGCAAUUACCGACGUCGAUUCAAGCGCUCGUCUUUGUCAGCGACUCGCCGAUCGAGAAGGCUGCUCUACGCGAGUGGGAGGGCAAGUCGGCGACAGACGUGCAGAGCAUCGUUGCAGCUGCCGUCGGCGAUGGAGGAGCAGUUGGUCCUGGACUUGCUCUCAGGCAAGAGCGCGAUGAGGAGCCGCACUGGGACGAGGAAGCCGACCUAGGUGAUCCUUAUGCGAUGGAUCGACGCGAAGCAGUCGUAGCAGCACAGAGACAGCGUGCCGCUGCCGCUACCACGUCCACGACAUCGCCUGUCGCAACUCCUUCUCUGCUCCCUCGUGGAAUGCUCACCUUCCACUUCCCCUCUAUCAUCUCCCCGUCAACCCCCUCUCCCGGCGACAUAUCCUUACUCCCCACCACCCUCCCACAGACACUCAACUUCGCGCGCGACUCCUCCUCCUCCUCAGCCCUGCCCAUCGGUCGCUACCUCUCUGUCAAGCUCCUCCCGACCACGCCGGACGCGCAGAUGAAUGAGAAGGACGAGGCAACGGAGGGCGCGCAGCUGGAGCUGUCCUACGUGGGGGCGAAGGGAUGGCCGACGGCGGGGAGGAGCAGUACGGCCGUGGGAAUGAGGGAUGCCUGAUGACGACCGCCACGACGACCGCCACGACGACCGCCACGACGACCGGUACGACGAAUAUGCUUUCUUAUUGUUCGAUGACUUCAGACUCCAUCCACUCAUACCUCGCUAUGCUUCUUCAUCAAUGACGACAAUCUAUCACGGCCUACGUCGUGCUGCGCGAGUGAGCAAAUGAGCGAGCGUGCCUUGGCCACGACGGGAUGGCUAUAGGCCGCUCCUCAGUC